AUGGCGGACGCUUGCAGAAAGUCUGGAAACGGCGGGAAUUUCGGCGCAAACGGGAACGCCAGGCUGUUUCCGAGAACGGAGAGCCGCGGGAUCCAGCCGCCUGGCGGGUGCAGGGAGCACGGCAAGAGUCUGCUGAUGUACUGUAUGGUCUGUGAGGAGGAGUGCUGUCUGCAGUGUAUCAAAGAGCCUGGAGGAAGGCAUCCGGCCGGUUCACCGCAACAUAACGUCAAGAACAAGUAUGUGGCGACGUCUCUGAGAAAGGUUAGUUUGAUGGACAUCUCGAUCGGCUGUAGGAAAACCCAGAUGAAGAUCACAGAUGUGGAGAUGGCGCUGUCCAACAAUGCUAGAAAAGCUAUAAGCGAAAUAAAAUCGCAGAUGGAAGCCAUUAAACAAGCAUUGGACUUGAAGACAGUACAAAUGGUGGCGUCGGUCAAGGCUGAGAGAGCAGAAAAACAAGAACGGCUGGACGCCAUCAAGAGAGGUCUGAACGCCAUCCGAGAAGACUCAAGAUUUCUGUUGGCGGAGGGGGGAAACUCGGAGAAAUUCCUACAGAUUCUUCGGCAUAACGUGACGGGUAAGGCGCGGGUCCUGAUGUGGAACGACGGGACGUACAGCGUCCAGGCGAACCACUACAUCACGGCGGACAUGAAGCUGCUGGACGACAAGAUCGGCGGGGACGACGCGCUGGUCUGGGCAGGCAUCGACGCCGCCGACGGAUCACGGAAGGAGGCGUACUUUGCGGCGACAUUUUCUCAGCCCACUGCUGCUACUGUUUACAAGAAGGUGUUCGAGAGAUGCGUGGCAAGAGAGACGGUGAAGGAACGGACGGCCUCGGCUGGCACUCCGCCAUGAUAAACUGUUAAACAACCUCCUGAAUAGUCAGUGGACUUAAAUAUGGGAACGGGAUUUGAAGAUGCAUUAAUCUCUUACAUAUAGUGUCUUAAUGACGAUAUCUGCAUUUUUAUUCAAAAGAAGUUAGCCGACACCAGACCGUUGUAUUUGACCCAAAGUCGAAUAUUGAAAAGUGAGAAAUAAACA